AUGGUUGCAUACCAAUUUAGUUCCGUUUGUGAGAAUUGUGAACUAAAUGUGAACAUGAGUGACUCAGAUAAAACAGACAAGAAAUUUCCACGCUCUUCUCUUUCCAGAACAACUACAACGACUAGCAUAACUACCCCUGUUCACCCAAUGGAAUUGGUUGUACAAUCUCUUCUUGAAUCACCUCUUGAGCUUCUAAAUUUGAGUAUUCAUUCAUUGUAUGAAUCGCAAAUGAUUCUCACAACAAUAUUAGAUCGAAUGCAGCGGAAACUUGACAAAUGUCUUAGGGGCAUUGGUAAAAGUAGGCAAGAACCAAUUACUACUGACACAGAUACGCAAAAUUUACAAUAUCCAAACGAGCAUCGAAAUAGGGCAAACUCAGAUGAUGAUCUGACAACACAGCCAGGACCAGACAAAAGCUUGACAAUUGAAGAAUAUGCUGCCAGAAUUCAUACGAUCAAGCUCCGCAUUGUAAAAAUUCAUGACACAUUGGACCACGUGGAAAAGAAGAUUGCGCAGAUAAAUACGAAUCUUUCCUCCGCCUGA